AUUAACACUACUACAUCUAUUAUUUUCCUUAUUUUUAUUCUAUUGACCUUACCUGUAAUAAUAACUAUAUUUAACUUCUAUAAGACAAUCAACUUUCCAGCACACGUUACUUCAACAAUUAAGCUCACUUUCAUAUUAAGCCUUGUUCCACUAUGCACUUUAUUUUAUUCUAACACUGAAUUUCUAAUUACUAAUUGACAUUGGAUAACUAUCAAUACAAUCAAGCUAUCCGUUAAUCUAAAAUUUGAUUUAUUCUGUAUUAUAUUCCUGCCAGUAGCACUUUUUGUUACAUGGUCAAUCAUAGAAUUUUCCUCAUGAUAUAUGCAUUCAGACCCAAAUUUAAAUCGAUUUAUUAAAUACCUACUUAUAUUUCUCAUUACUAUAAUUAUCUUGACUUCUGCUAACAAUAUGUUCCAAUUAUUUAUUGGCUGAGAAGGAGUAGGAAUUAUAUCAUUCCUACUUAUUGGCUGAUGACACGGACGACAAGACGCAAAUACUGCAGCCCUACAGGCAAUUUUAUAUAAUCGCAUUGGGGACAUUGGCUUUGUUAUAACAAUAGCUUGACUAUGCUUAAAUAAUAAUUCCUGAGAAUUUCAACAAAUCUUUAUAUCAGAAAACAAAAGCCUCAUUCCUUUACUAGGCUUACUUGUAGCAGCAACAGGAAAAUCUGCACAAUUUGGACUACACCCAUGACUUCCCUCAGCUAUAGAAGGCCCUACACCAGUCUCAGCUCUACUACACUCUAGCACUAUAGUAGUAGCAGGAAUCUUUCUACUAAUCCGCUUCCACCCAAUAAUCUCAAAUAAUAACACUGCUCUUACUAUCAUAUUAUGUUUAGGUUCCAUAACAACACUAUUCACAGCAAUCUGUGCCCUCACACAAAAUGAUAUUAAAAAAAUCGUAGCCUUCUCAACAUCAAGCCAAUUAGGCCUAAUAAUAGUAACAUUAGGAAUUAACCAACCGCACCUAGCCUUUCUACACAUCUGUACACACGCAUUCUUCAAAGCUAUAUUAUUCAUAUGCUCCGGAUCAAUUAUCCAUAGCCUAAAUGAUGAACAAGACAUUCGAAAAAUAGGAGGACUAUUAAAACCACUACCAUUCACCUCAUCAUGCUUGAUAAUUGGAAGCCUAGCCCUAACAGGAAUACCAUUCCUAACAGGCUUUUAUUCAAAGGACUUAAUCAUCGAAGCCGCAAACACCUGUUAUACAAACGCCUGAGCCCUAUUAAUUACACUUGUAGCUACCUCCCUCACAGCAGUAUACAGCCUACGAAUUAUCUUUUUCGCUCUUAUAUCAAAACCACGAUUCCCACCACUAAUUAUUAUAAACGAGAACAACAAAAUACUCAUGAACCCAAUUAAACGUUUAGCCUUAGGAAGCAUUUUUGCAGGAUUCAUCAUCUCACACAACAUUCCAAUCUCCUCUAUUCAAGUAAUAACCAUACCAUGAUAUAUAAAAACCACCGCAAUCCUAGUUACUAUUAUUGGUCUUUCAAUUGCACUAGAACUAAACAACCUAACUUAUAACCUUAAACUAAAUCUUCAAUCACCACAAAACCUAUUCUCAACCUCUUUAGGAUAUUUUACACUUAUCAUACACCGUUUACUACCAAUAAAAUAUCUAACAAUAAGCUUUAAUACAGCCAUAGCUACACUUGAUCUGACAUGAUUGGAAAAAGCAAUCCCAAAAACUAUCUCACUAUCUAAUUACAAAGCAUUCACAAGCUAUCACAAACCAAAAGGCCUCAUUAAACUAUACUUUAUAUCCUUCUUAAUCUCCCUAGUAUCAAUCCCAAUUUUAUUAUUUAAUUUCCACGAGUAA